UCAUUCUAUGAUAACGCCAACAAAAUAUCUUCAGUGUUCAUUUUGAUAACGCUAAGGAAAAUUUUAAAUUUUGUUGAGAUUCCAAUAUUUUUUUUUUUUAUUUAAACCUCUGUUUGCUGUUGGCUGACGUUAAUAUUCGUUUAAUUAAUAAUUAUCAGAUUUAUGAAUACACAUUAUGGAGACGACUUAUUACUUGUGCAAUGGAAAUCUAGUUAAACGAGACCCUGAAAUAGAUUCAAAAGAUAUAUUCGUCAUUGAAGGACCAUUUGAAACAUAUGAAAAUAAUACUAUUCAAGAUGAACCGCUACAACUUGAAACUGAUAUUCUUGAAGAAUCCCGUAAUUGUAAAAGAAAUUGCCGAGAAUGGAGUCAAUAUGAAACAAAGAUUCUUUUGGAUAUGUAUAGACGAAAUAUUACACAAGUAGGACCAAUGAAAAAAUUUAAAAGUAAAAGAGAAAUGUUCAAAUGUAUAGCACAAACAAUAUCUACUAAAUUAAAUAUCAUCAGAAGUGCUCAUCAAUGUGAAAAUAGGUAUAAGACGGUAGUUAAUCAACGAAAAGUUGGAUGUUCAAUAUUACAAAAGUCUAGAUCAAAUGUUGAAAAGAGAUUCAAUGAAGGGGAAAGAUUACAAAAUGAUGUUACAGCUUCAGUGUCAGCCGACCAUGAUUAUAAUGGACAGAACUCUGGAACUAAUGGUCAAUGUACAGUGAAAUCUAUGAAUGAAUGGGGUGUUGAUGAUACUAAACUACUAAUGGAUUUGUACAAAAAGAAUAUUUCCAAAGUUGGACUGGAGAGAACAUUCAGAACUAAAUUAAAAAUGUUUGAACAUAUUGCAAAUGCCAUAAACAAUAUACUAAAUAUUACUAGAACUGCUGAGCAAUGUCUAAAUAGAUAUAAAACCAUAUUCAGAAGAAAAAAUUUUAAACAGAGUAGAUUAAACAACGAUAAUAUAUCCAUGAAUAACAUAGUUAUAGAAGAUAAUUUAAACAACAGUGAUAAUUCAAACUGUGAUACACAUUUUGUUGAUAAUUUAUAUGAAACUGAAUUUAACACUCACGUUUAUGAUGGCAAAACAUUAAGAAAGGUUGUUAAGCAGCCAAAGAUAGUUCCUAAACCCAAGGAGCCUGAUACUAGUCAGGACACAUUGUUGACGAGGACUCUGAGAGAGAUCGCUAACCAAAAGGAAAAGACAUUAUUAAAAAUUGCAGCAAACCAAGAGCGUGCAGAAGAACGAAGACAUCAGGAAACGUUGACACUUAUUCGACAACUCGGUGAAACUAUUGUUCGGUACAUUGGAAAUCAACAAGGCGAUACAUCUGAACAGCAUUAUUAAACGAUAAUAUAAUUUAAACAUUGACUAUUAUUAGUUAAUUAAAUAUUUAGAACUUUGAUAUUUUGAAAAAAAGGUUGUAGCCUACACACAUUUUUACAUUUUACAUUUUUACGUAUAAAAACAAAUAAUAUUGGGACUUGUAUUAUAUUCUUCAACAAUUGUUAAAAAUGUAGAAAUGUUUUUAUAUCAACUAAAAAUCAAACAAUAUAAACAAAAUGUAUUUAAAAAAAUAUUACUUAGUAUGAAGUUUGAAAAAUAAUAUCAACCAUUACUUAAUGGUCCGGCCUAAGUAUCAACUAUUAUUUUUAUUUUGUAUAAAGUUACAUUUUUGUAAAUAUUAUUAUUAAGAAUUAAUUUGUUAAUCGUUAUGAUAUUUAUGUCUUCAUUGGUUCUAAAAAGACAAAAA